CGCCGGGCACCGGCCGGUGAGGGAAGCAGCCCCGUCGCGGCCCUCAGGCGGGGCGCCACCGUUAGCGGCCCGGCUGAGGCGGCGUUGGGCCUCCCGCGCGUAGGCGGCAGGGUUGAAUUCCACGAUGUUGAGAGGAGUGGCUCACGGUGCAAAAGAUAUAUUUACUCUUCUGUUAACGAGAUCUCAGUACUGUAACCCAGGACUGGAUUUUUCAUCAGUAUGGACUGAAGUAGCAAAGAGAAGCUUCCCAACAUGUUCCUGUUACACAACUGAUACAAAAUCAAGGGAGGAAAAUAAAAAAACCAUUGAGAGUCUCCACAGAUUGUCAGUCGACAUUAAGAAGAUACGCAGACUAAAGGAAUGGGUCCUUCUCCAGGAUGUGGCCUACGUUAAAGAAAUUGCUGGUAUCUUACAAGAAAUGGGAGCGGAUGAGACCACUGUAGCCAACAUUUUAGAACGCUGCCCAGAAGCAAUUCUCCAUACCCCCGCAGAGAUAAACUCCCAAAGAGCUCUAUGGCAAUUAGUAUGCCAGAAUGAAAAACAGUUGAUUAAAUUAAUAGAGCAAUUUCCAACGUCUUUUUUCACUACUGAAUAUCAUGAGAACCAGAAGGCAAAUAUACUGUUUUUUCAAGAGCUGGGACUUAAGAAUAAUAUAAUCACCAGGUUCUUGACAAGCGCACCCAAUAUUUUCUACAAUCCCGUUGAGAAAAACAAAAACCUGAUAGAAACAUUGCAAAGAAAUUAUUUAAAUUUAGGAGGUUCUGAUGCAAAUAUGAAGAUCUGGAUACUGAAGCUAUUAAGCCAAAAUCCAUUUAUUUUAUUAAAUACCUCCACCGUAAUCCAGGAGAACUUGGAAUUUCUCCAGAAGAAUGAUUUCACUGACCAUGAAGUUCUACAGCUGCUGUCCAAACUUAAAGGUUUCAUUUUUCAACUUACUCCUACUACUAUGCAGAAGAGUAUGCAUUUUUCCCAAAAUGUCUUUAAGUGCAGUGAUCAAGAAUUAAAACAGCUAGUGCUGAAAUGCCCAGCCCUUCUCUACUAUUCUGUUCCAGUUUUGGAAGAAAGACUUGAAGGACUACUGAAGGAAGGAAUUUCUGUAUCGCAGAUUAGAGAGACACCAAUGGUGCUGGAGUUGACAACGCAAAUUGUUGAGUACCGAAUUAAAAAACUCUCUGCUUUGGGAUAUGAUAUAAAGAGUGGAACUCUAGAAAGCUUGAAUGGUACGAAGAAAGAUUUUGAAGUCAAUUAUGGUAAGAUACAAUCAAAGAAGGAGAGACCAAUUUUUAAUCCUGUUGCUCCUAUAAACAUUGAAGAUUAAUUUGAAUGCUGUCCUUUAAAUUAUGCAAAAGAAAACUAUCAAAGAGAAAAAGAGAUGUUGGUUCUUUGAGACUAGCCAAAACAAAAGUAAUCUUAACCAGAUUGUAGUCUUACACUGUACUUUGUCCUGCACUGGGUGUUAGGCACAGCUUCACUAUACAGUUGUAGUUUUCUAAUGCUUUCAAAUAAUAUCAUAGAACCUGGUUAUGAUAAAGGUUGCCUUUUUUUUUUCCCAGAGGGUACCUCACAUGGGUUUUUGUGGGUUUUUUUUGGUUCUGUUACAUUUCCUUGUCUAACAGGACAUUAACUACUUUGGAUUCUCAGCUCUGUCACUGCACAGUCCACCCCAUAAUAGCGAUUAGCACAAUCUUUACCUGAGACAGAGAAGGAGGGUUUUUUUUCCAGCAGUGUUCAUCAACCCACUCUUCCGCUGACUUUUGGAGACUCUUCUGGAGUUCCGUUCCUUAUUGCUGAAAUAAGUAGCUCUUGCUCCCGGAUCCGGAACUACAGCAUUCUUGGAUAGGAUAGCCUGGCUAGAGCACAGUCUGAGAACAGGGGCAGGACAUGGUAUUUUUAUUUAUUGACUGCUGCAGUAAGGCCCUAGUACGUUUGUGUACAAACCAUAAAUGCAAAGAAACAUUUUGAAGAAACAUUUUGAAGAAGCCUCCUUCACCUUUCUGAGACUUCAAAAUUUACUGCUUUUACAAAACGUUUGGGGCAGGAAGAAAUACAUUUAUUGUGGUUGCCUGGUUCUUAAUUUCUUUUCUAGCAAGGCUCGGGGAGAGAAAAGGUUAGGGAGAGACUCAAGUGAGUCUCAGAUGAUUGCAGGAGAAAGGAAAAAGCCCUGCUUUUAUAUUAGGUGUAACUCUAGUCCAUAAGCCACUGGUGAUUAAAAAAUGACUACCAGAUUUGCAAACAGCUGCCGCAGUUUCUAAAUAUACGGGUGACACUGCUUCUCGGAUAUCACUGUAUAGUUAAUUGUUGACAAGUGCUGGCUUUCAAAAUAGUAACUAUCUGACAGUGUUUAAGUCCUCAGGGGAUUUUACUUAUUUUCAUUUAUGGGCUGUGAAUGGUAAUAUAAAUUAGUAGCGUCAUUGACGAUCUAGAAUUAGGAUCAUCAGUGAUUUUAUUUCUCAGAAAGACUUUCCUCAGCAACUAUUCCAUACACAUUCCCUCUUGACAGCAGGAGAAAAACCAGUUACACACCCCCUCACUCCGGGCCAUUCUUCAAGGUCAUUUUUAACAGACAUUUUGGCAACAAGUCCAGGGUUCCUUUUCUUAAAGAGAAAUUUUAAAUUGCUGAGGAAAGCUGGUAUUGAAUUACUUGUUUAGAGAGUGGGCUGCAAGAUGAUGAUUUUAUAUAGAGCUUGCCACGUUAUGUGCUGCGAGCUUGGAAAGGGCUAGAAACAUCUGGUUAGAGCAGUGCCAAGAUCUCGACAGCUGAAGGUCUUAAACUCACCGCCAUGCAGGCGAGUGCGGACGUGACAGCAGCUUGUGGGGUAAAACACCGCUCGUGUAAGAGCAUGUGUGACACUGGCAAGAAGUCAAGAGGCAGCACAUACCACCAGCAUGAUAAGAGUCAGUCUUACUAAGCCAUUUCUUUACUGAUUCGUCAAAACGCAUUAUCAUUUUCCAAGAGGAAACUGGGAAGACAGCCGUAUUAAAAAUUCAUAGGGACUUGCCUUUGUCACUUUCUGACUAUCCUUUAGUGCUCGACUAUUAAGCAGACCACAAUAUUAUUUGAAUUCAAAAGCACCCUUCCCCUCAGACACAAGGGGGCAUUUCAGCUCGCUGAAGCUAUUCAUAAUACAGCCUUUAAUGCUGAAUCACAGAACUGAUCGGUGGUUUAGGAUGAAAAGGAAACCAAGACAUAAAACAACCAUUUGCCCUGAAAAUUUACUUUCAGCAUUGCUACAGGUGUCUGUUUUUAAAGUUCCUGAAACGUCUUAUUCCCAGUGGCAAUGGACAGAACAGGCAAGAGACAUAUUUCCUUAAUUGAGUCACAGCCCGAGUUACCACAAACUCAUUUUCCAUUCUGAACAUUUCAGUUUCUCCUCCUCCCCUUUCAAAACAAAAGCAUAAGCAGAGGCUCCUUUUCUUUUACCAGCAGAGCAAAAUUCAUUCAAUCCUUCAUUCACAACUCUAUGCCUGGGACUGGUUUCUCUCUUCUUCACAGGAUUAAUUUAUAAUAAAACCUCAGAGAAGCUCCCAAUUACCAACAUGUUGUAUUGCUGAAAUCUGCUUCCUUGUCUCUCGCUGUUACUCACAGAGAACAUGAACCAGUUUAUACCAUUAUAGUCUGGCACAUAAAAGCCUGCAGACCAGAGUUUUGUUAUACAGUGAGCAGUCAGACAUACAAGUAGUUUCAUGAACAUUUCCCCUUUUGAAAUGAGGGCUAUGAAAAGGGAAGUAAAAUAAAACCACCACAAAACCACCCCCACAACACAAGAACAAUCCCUCUCCGUCUGAAAACUUCAGUUCCAUAUUCCAUUCAGCUCACUGAUUUAAGAAGUGAGUAUCCCCAAACCUUGGUUCCCAGAUAACAACAACAACAAACAUGUCGUACAAGGGAUUUUGUGUCUAUGCACAGCCAACACCACAGUGAACGUACGGUUUUUGUUAAGAGCUGGUUGGCGCUAUUUAGAUGCAGAUAAAAGACACUCUGGGGCAUGAUACAGUGGGAAGAUUCAUACCUAGGCAUGCUUUUCUCCACAAAUUAACUGGGAAGCUUUCAAAUGUCUGAAACAGCAACAAUUUAAUGUUUCACAAGUGUCAUGACAGAAUCAGAACAAGUUUUUAAGACUAGGCAAGUUUCACAAGUGAAUGGAAAAUAUGCAGGACAUAGGACAAAGCUCUUUUCGGAAACUAAAACCAUAUGCCAUGUUAGUGUUUCAGUUACAAGACUCAGAAGUAAUAACUACAGGGUAUGUUAAGAACAAAACAUAAUGAAGUGUUGGCAGCUCUUUACAGAUCUAACAUCGCACAUCUCAGACCACACUUGUUUUGCAACAAGUUCCAUAGUAUAAAAAUUAAAGAAUGUCAUAAAAAAAAAAAA